AUGGCUUCUACUUCGUCUCUUUCACUCUUCCUCAUUCCUUCUGCUUCUUCUUCAAUUCCUUCGCUAUGCUUAUCCCAAACCACUACCAAAUGCAAACAACGUUUCUCAUUUCCCUCUCUGAAUAGAAAGCUCGCAACUUUACCCUUUUCUUCCACUAAACGCCCCGUUACUAGAGCCGCUGAGUACAAAUUCCCUGACCCAAUUCCUGAAUUCGCAGAUUCCGAGACGGAAAAAUUCAAAAGCCACCUUCUUCAUAAGCUUUCAAAGAAAGAUGUUUUUGAAGAAUCAGUUGAAGAAGUUGUUGGAGUUUGCACUGAGAUUUUCAGAACCUUCUUGCAUUCUGAGUAUGGAGGUCCUGGUACACUCUUGGUUGAUCCUUUCAUUGACAUGGCUGAUAUAGUGACCGAACGGGGGUUGCCUGGAGGACCGCAAGCUGCGCGUAGUGCUGUCAACUGGGCUCAUGCUAAUGUCGACAAAGACUGGAAUGAAUGGACAGGUGGUAAUAGCAACCAAUAA